UCCCAUCCUAUCUACACCUUUCCAGAUCACAGAAUUUUCCACUUCCAUGCCGCAUAACAUUCUUAUCAUUAUCCCAUACACCAAUUUUCUUCUCUACACAAAAAAUGGUUGGCCCUCAUGUGAUUCUAGUAACUUUUCCGGCACAAGGUCACAUCAAUCCAUCGCUGACAUUUGCCAAGACCCUUCUCAGAAAUGGCAUUGAAGUCACCUUCGCAACAAGUUUAUACGCCCAGCGGCGGAUGGCCAAAGCUGCCGCUGACAUCCCCAAUGGCAUUACUUUUGCUGCUUUUUCCGAUGGAUAUGACGAUGGGUUCAAACCCAGCGACGAUCCAGAGCAUUACAUGACGGAGAUUAGAAACCGCGGUUCUGAAACCCUGAGGGACACUAUUCUCGCCAGUGCAGAGCAAGGACGCCCAGUUACGUCCUUAGUUUACACACUCCUACUCCCCUGGGCUGCAGAGGUGGCGCAUGAAGUCCACAUCCCGAGUGCUCUUCUGUGGAUUCAACCAGCUACUGUUUUGGAUAUAUACUACUAUUAUUUCAAUGGCUACGGUGAAGAAAUCAAUAAUUCUUCGGACGAUCCGUCGUGGGCAAUCCAACUUCCUAGACUUCCAUUGCUAGCUAAACGUGAUCUUCCAUCAUUUAUGGUUCCUUCAAGUGGAGGCGGUCGGUAUAAAUUUGCUCUUCCGACGUUUAAAGAGCAGCUAGAGAUAUUGGAUGCAGAAACAAAGCCAAAAGUGCUCGUGAAUACUUUUGAUGCACUAGAGCCCGAUGCACUUAAGGCGAUUGAAGAUUACGAGUUAAUCGGGAUUGGACCUUUAAUUCCCUCUGCUUUCUUAAAUGGAAAAGAUCCAUUGGAUAAGGCCGUUGGUGGAGAUCUUUUUCAUAAAUCCGACGAUUAUCUUCAAUGGUUGAACUCGAAGUCAGAAUCUUCUGUGGUUUAUGUGUCAUUUGGAAGUCUUUUGAAGCUCCCAAAAGUUCAAAUGGAGGAGAUUGCUAAGGGAUUGCUCGAGUGUGGACGACCAUUUUUGUGGGUUAUACGUGUAAACGAGAACCAAGAAGAAGAAAAUGACGAUGAUAAACUAAGUUGUUUGGAUGAAUUGGAAAAAAUAGGGAAAAUAGUACCAUGGUGUUCACAACUUGAGGUCCUAACACACCCUUCAUUGGGUUGUUUUGUGACUCAUUGUGGUUGGAAUUCGACGUUGGAAAGUUUAGCAUGCGGUGUUCCUGUGGUGGCAUUUCCUCAAUGGACUGAUCAAGCGUCCAAUGCAAAGCUUAUACAAGAUGUUUGGAGGACAGGCCUAAGGGUGAACCCAAGAGAAGAUGGCACCGUUGAGAGCGACGAGAUCAAGAGGUGCAUUGAAACAGUAAUGGACGACGGAGAAAAAAGUCGAGAAUUGAGAGAGAAUGCUCAGAAAUGGAAGAAUUCUGCUAGAGAAGCUAUGCAAGAGGAUGGUUCUUCUACUAAGAACUUGAAGGCUUUUAUUGAGGAACUUUGAGAUUGUUAAGUCAAGAAUUUACUGCCUAAAGUUUUAUUUUUUUGUCAUUUGUCAAUCAAUUUUGUAAUCUUUUUAUUAUGUACUUGUUUCUCAUGGCCUAAUGAUGUACCCAAAAAGUGCUGUAAUAUCUCUCCCUUUUUAUGACCAAGUACACAUUAUUUAUUUUAUUUUA